ACCGUCUCUGGAGGCUUCGGGCUGGAGAACGUCUCUGGAGGCUCCGGACUGGAGACCGUCUCUGGAGAGGAGAAACACACAGGAGGCCUGGCUCUGGGAGCAGGCAGAGGACUCACCAGGCUGGGGAGACAUACAGGAGGCUUCUUCCUUGGCCGAGGCACCAGAUACACUGGGCCGUGGAGAAAAUAGAGGCGCACUGGCGGUCUCGAGCGCAGAGCUGGCACAACCCGUUCUGGCUGGAUGCCCACUUCGACCCGGGAAAUGCGGGAUGCUGGCACCGAGCACAUCGGCCUGUGAAUGCUCAACCGAGACACAGUAAGCAUCACCCCAUAGCACGGGGCCUGACCAGUCACAUGCUCGCCACGGUAAGCACGGGGAGUUGGCUCAGGUCUCCAACCAGGUCUCCAACCUGACCACCCCCCACCAAAAAAAUUAUUUGGGGGUUGCCUCUCGGGCUUCCUUGCCAGCCUUGUUCCCUCAUAACACUCCUUCUCCGCCUUAGCUGCCUCCAGGUCCUCCGUUGGACGGCGAUACUCCCCAGCCUGCCUCCAGGGUCCCUUACCAUCUAGGAUCUCCUCCCAUGUCCAGUAGUCCUCUCUACUACCCUGCUUGGUCCUUUGGUGGUGGGAAGUUCUGUCAUGGCUGUCGACAAAAGAGGACCAAGGGGCAGCAUGGUAAGCGUACAUUUUCUCUUUAUUGAUAAAAAUGACGCGGAACAAAACAACAAACACUACAAAAACUAACCGUGAAGCUACAGGCUAUGUGCCCUAAACAAAAGUCAACUUCCCACAAAGACAGGUGGGAAAAAAGGCUACCUAAGUAUGGUUCCCAAUCAGAGACAACGAUAGACAGCUGUCCCUGAUUGAGAACCAUACCCGGCCAAAACAUAGAAAUAGAAAAUCACAGAAAACAAAACAUAGAAUGCCCACUCCAACUCACGCCCUGACCAAACCAAAAUAGUGACAUAAAAAGGAUCUCUAAGGUCAGGGCGUGACAAAAGGCCAUCCAUGAUGAAAGAGACAGUAGACCAAAUUAAAGCACACCACAUUGAAUUAUGAAAACUGUUUGACAUCCUAGCUCUAUAGUAUGUAUUUGUGCUGUGUUCACAUUAUUUGAAGGGCAUGCAUAUCUGAUUGCCAAUGUAAUCAUGUUUGUGAAGUAUGCAAUAAUAGUUUUCCAUGAGUACAUCAUAGUGCUUUUUCAAAGGGGCUCAGACCAAAUGAAAAAAAUAUAGCUUAUGGUAAAUAUAUUUGCUUGAAUUACAUUAACACAUCAAUUGCUUUGUUUGUUCAUACUUCAGUGCUAAACUUGUAAUCAGAAUUACCUUAAGGUUAUUUCGUACCCUGCUAGCCAUGUAGCCACAGCGUUCACUUCCCCAUAGCCUCCCUUUCCUGAUCUUAAUCUAUUACACAAUCCACCCAUCCUCCAAGAAUAACGCUUGCAGUAGUAUGGUUCACCUCAAAUAGUUACGGCUGUUUAAACUGUUUACAUUUCCCAUUUCCUGUCCAUAUGAUAUCACAGGAGGGGUAGAGGUGAAAGUGUCUCCACACAACACUGCACAUGCUGGCAAUCAUUUUGUUCUGCAGUGCUCCUGAAUGGUACACCUGAGACAGCGGAGGCACAGAAGAGAAGGAGCUGCCUUUGUGGCACACCAGUGAAUUAUUCACGACUAACCGUGCCUGCUGAAUCCAGAUCCCUUUACGGGUCUCUGGAAGCUAUGCUAUCAGAUGGCCAAAUAGUGUCUAUGUCACAGAGGACACUGUUCAAAUGGCUACCUGAGUGACACGUCUCCCUGAGUGUCACUGCAUCGCUGCUGGACCAGCUCUUUGUUGUGACCCUGGCCUCAGUCAAGCGUUAUCGGCAACACAAAUUCAAAUUUGACAGCUCAACUGCAGUGACUGAGCGAAAGGACUCCAGCGUGACAGAGAUGUAUGUGUGUAUGCCCAUUUAGUCUAUAAAUAUGGAUGAUAUUGUCAGAGUCAUACAGUCAACACUCCUUUUUGGCAUUGAGGCUCAGACGGUUGUCUGACUGCAUCCCUCUUACAUGAUACAAUACGUGUUCAUCGGAGUGUGAUAGAAAUUACAACAUCAUUAAUACUUUAACACAGUCAUUUCGUUCUAAACUAAAAGUCUGUGCUUAAAUUACCAAUGUAUGGUUACACAUUAUUUGGAUAGUCCGAAUUUUCCAUAUGUAGAUGCUCUACAGAUUGUCAUACUAUCAACAAACUAUCUGUUGAUAAGCAACUGUUUGCUAAGGUUACGGUUAGGGUUAGGUUUAGAAUAAAGGUUAGGGUUAGGGUAAAUUUUAGGGUUAGGAUAAGGGUUAGUAGAUAGUUAUUUGAAAUGUUAUUGAUACUCUGUAGAUCACGCUCCUAGACUCUUACACUCUUAGAAAAAAAGUGUUCCAAAAGGGUUCUUCAGCUGUCACCAUAGGAGAACCCUUUAUGGUUCCAGGGAGAAACCUUUUUGGUUCCAGGUAGAACCAUUUUUGGUUCCAUGUAGAACCUUCUGUAGAAAGGGUUCUACAUGGAACCCAGAAGUGUUCUACCUGGAACCAAAAGUGUUCUACCUGCAACCAAAAAGUGUUCUUUGAAGAGAUAUCCUGUGGGGAGAGCCCUUUUAGGUUCUAGAAAGCACCUUUUUUUCUAAGAGUGUACAGAUGGACUAUCCAAAUGAAGUUUUACCAAAUGUAUAGUUACAUUUUAUGUGAACACCACCCCUGGUCUCUUUUCCCUCUGUAGCUGAGCCAAAACCAAUGUGUUGUAUAGUGUGUGUUGCAUAGUGAGAGACAUUUGCUAUUGGCUUUUGCCUGUGCAAACAACUGUAUCCUGGUAAUUAUGGCCUCAAAUGCCUCCAAUCAGCCUUUCGCACGCCUUAAUCAAACCCUGUUCUCAGCAGAUAGCAACCUGCCAUGUGUUUAACUGGAGAGGGAGUGUGAUAUGUCAAUAGAGACAUAUGAUCCAGGCCACUCCUACACAUAAUGCAAACAUUAGGUUAAACAGCACAAAUAGUCUGAAUCCAUGUUUAACCUUGUGGUGAUAUACAGUAGUUUCCAAGUUGUUAAAACACUUAAAUACUUACUCAGUAAACAACAUCGUAAACUCAUCUUGUGUUGAGUCAAAAAAUAUCCCAGUAUAUUUUCUACAUAGUGAAGGACAGAGCAAACAUGAUCACCUACUGCAAGUAGAAUGUGACCGCUGCCCCACCCCUCCAGUGAGGGAUGCAAAUAGUGUUGCUGCAGGUAUCAGUUUACAUGUUGUCCAGAGAGAGAAGAGAGAACAGACACAGUCAUCAGAUCUCUGCAGCACGCAGGGUGCCGGCUACCAUUGGCUAAGAUGCACUGAAAAGAAAUACCCAGACAAAAAGUUUGUUAAAAUUGGCAACUUGUCCGUAUAGAUAUGCCCUUAGCAGACCUGCUGGGUGUCCAGUUUGACAUGCACCUGCUGGGGAGGCUGACGUGUUCCAUGGCCGCUGUGCUGCUCAUCUCCUGGGUUUACAGAUUCUACAGCUCCAGGGGUACAGCAGCUAAACCCCAGCUCUGUGUGAGGCCUCCUUCAGACGGGCCCACUGAAGCACCCAAUGGAAUCUGUCGGAACUGCAAGAUGGAACUGCGGCCUCAAAGCACAGCCAAACAUGACUCCAGCAACAAUGGGGACAAACAGCCUGGCCACUCACAGAUUAGCCCUGUGAGGGAUGACCUGACACCUGACAACACCAAUACAGGGACAGGGGAAGGAGAAUUGCCCCAGACUAAAGAUAUUUGCGGGCUCGCAAACACUGAAGAAAUGGUUACGCCGCAGGAUGGAUCAAAUGUAGAAGACAACAGCUUGGAGUUGGAGGGAGAAUUCCCUGUGUUUGUUGAGGAGGCUGAGAUAGAUAUCCCCAUGUUUGUUGAAGAGGCUGAGAUUAAGAUCAGAAAUUGUACAUUUGGAUCCACCUUGAAACUCCCUUAUCCGAAAAACAGUGGUCUGGCCAGCCCAUCGGGCCGUCUGUCCCCUUGCUUUCUGCAGAGGCUGGAGGGCAGUGUGGGUGUGGGCAGGGAACUGAGGCAAGACCUGGGGCUGCAUGGGGCCUACUCCACCUUCCUCUCAAAAGCAGAGAUCACAGUGGAGGAUGCCAACCUCGUGAUGGAGGGACCUGGGAAGCAGAGCAUUGUGCGAGGAAAGAUUUAUGAAUACUACGUGGAAUCUUCCUCGCACUUCAUCACAGACUCCAUAUUAGGUCUGUUUGAGGGGAAUUCACUGGACUCACAGUCGGUGGAGUUUGGAAGAUGUGGCAGCAGCCUCACUAAGCCUCCCUUGUUCCUGAGCCCCAUCAUGUGUGAACUGAUUCAGAGGCCGUUCUCCCCAGUUAGUUCAGAGCCCACAUCUCCCAAUAAGCGAGCACUCAUACGCAAGGACAGCUACCUCACAGCAUCUGAAAAUUCAGAGCUCCAGAUCCCCCCUCUGACACCCAGAGCCUCAACCCCACUGAGGCCACACUCUCGGGCCUCUUCAUCAGGGGAUCCCAGCCCUGUCAGCCCACUCAGUCCUACCACAGACACCAGGCACCCCAGUGCAUGGGAGGAGCACAGCCUAGAUACCAUAGCUGGGGCCAAAUGUAUAAAUCUGCCUCCAGAAAUCAUGGGCAGCGCAGAGUUGGAGAUCUUUAAGGCCAAGGUUGAUUUGGGCAACUGCGUGGAGGUGGAGCUGUCUAAGAAGCAUGGGCAGGCCCCUCUGCAGCAGUCAGCUCUUAGAGUGAUGUCUGACAACUACCUCCAGAUCCGCAGGGACCCAGGUCUGUAUGGGAGGCUGAGAGCAGGCGAUCAGGAUGAGAUCCAGAAACAGCAUAUGAGAGGAAGGCAGUUCCUAAUGGCAGGCAACAUGGGCCCUCAGGACUGGGUGGGGAGUAGUCCUCAAGGGACAAAAAGGGAGCAGGGAGUCACCAACAUACCAUGUAGUGGUCUCUACUAUUAUGAUGAUUAUAAAGACAGCUGGCACCCACUGUGUCCCAUCCCUCAGGAAGUCAUCUCCAAAGGCUGUGCCAUGUGCACUAUGGACAACUACUUAUUUGUAGCAGUGGGGGGCUGCCAGCAGGGCGCAGAUAGAGAGAUGAAGCCUUCCAAGAGAGUGUUCUGCUACAAUCCCGUAACAUCAAUUUGGAAAGAGAUCAGUCCUAUGAACGAGUCCAGGCGCCACUGCAAACUGGUAGCCCUGCAGGGCUACAUCUAUGCAAUCGGAGGGGAGUGUCUGUCUACCGUAGAGCGCUAUGACCCCCGCUCUGACAGAUGGACUUUUGUGGCCCCACUGCCCAAUGAUACAUUUGCUGUGGCCCAUCAUGUCACAGUGUGCAACGGGGAGCUCUUUGUUCUAGGAGGAACACUGAGAUACACACUGUUGCGCUACAACCCAAAUAUCAACGUGUGGAGGAAAAGCUCAAUAACAGGCAGCAAAGAGAGGACCACCGAGAUAGUGGGAGUGAGGAACUUCCUGUAUCGCUUUGAUGUCAGCCCGCAGCUAGGCAUCAGUGUGUACCGCUACCACACUGUGGCACGACUAUGGUACGAGUGCUGCACCAAACGCCUUGACCAAUGCCUCGCCUUCCAGUGUGUCGCCUUGGACGACACCAUCUACUGCAUGAGCCACCAGUUCACCAUGAGCUUCCUGGCUGAUGAGAUCUCUCCAAGAUUUGUAUCGGAUGAUUUGAGUGUCCUCUCUGGAGCCAAGGGCAUCCUUUUCCCGUUUGUCCUCUCACUUCCUGAUACGAAGGCUCACCAGACCAGUGUGUAACCAGGAAUGCUUCUCCUCAGCACAGACAAGGACAGAGCAGUGAGGGACUAUCUAAUUUACUUGUGCACCAAGGCCAUUUUUCAGAGCUGAGUGUAUCCUACUGAGAAGCACAGCUGUCUUAAUCAGAGGCAAUGAAAGUAAAAUAUUAACAUCAUUAAUGGUAAUUCGAUUACGGCUUGUUUAGAUUUAUUUAGGGUACACUGCCAUAGAAAUUCUAUGUAUUGUGAAGGUGUUUUGUUCUUUUGAUUUUUCUCCUGCCUUGCACUACAUUACUCCUAAAUCAUGCAAGAUGUGCACUUUCUCCACUGUAAUAAUUCAUAAAAAAAUCUUAAGUUAAUUCACUCUAGCCAUAAUGCUUUGGAGCAGUGGGGUAAUAUAGUAAUAAUCCAUCACAGUUGGUUACUAUAUAGGGAACAAAUAUUACUCACACAGAGGACUGGACUCAAUACAAUUAUCCACAUGUGAUCUAUAAAUAUGACAUGAUGUAAAAGAUUGUGACUUACAGCAUAAUGUAUGUGAGCUUCAAUAAACAAAAGUAAUUGCUAAUUUUGAAUCUCUUCCAAGAUUGGAGCAUAGUAUACGCCUGAUUUCUGCUGUUGUUUUCAACAUUGUUGAUAUACGGAUAGCACUGAACCAUGUUGAGUAAUUCAUGUACCAAAAUAACGAAUGGCUGUAAUGAAAGUACAAAUAUGUAUCCUUACAUUUGUACAGUAUUAAUCAACAGAAGAAAGAAAUAUGCAGAUUUCAUUGAAGGUUACUUAUCUAAGCAGUCAUACAACUCUGUUGAAAAAAAAAACUGAAAGCAUUUUGUGCAACAAUGUGCUAGCUAUUAUGUCAUGUGGUUAAACAUUAUUAAAAUUACAUUGAUUUUCCUUCCAA